CCACCAGGUCCUUCGCGUCCAUCCUCCCGCCGGCUCCGGCCUUGUCCCUCCGGUCCCUGGAGGCCAAAUCCGAUUGGCCAGUCCGUGUCAGGUGACCGCUUCUGGCCCAAUCCCUGGCCAGGGGCGGGGUCUUCCGGUACAGGCCACGCUCCUGGCCGUCAAUCAACACCCGUGGUUGGGUGCUUUGGGCUGGGCGCUUGGAGGACCGGGCGGGCUUGGUCUCUGGGAGCUGAGGUUGCGGGGGUUGGGGAGUGUGAGUUUCCUGCUCUGGCUGUGACAAAUUACCACAAGCCGAGCAGUUUAAAGAGAGCAGGGGUCGGCCUUGUGGCGCCACGGGUCGAGCCUGGGCUUGCAACGCCCACGGCCCAUAUCCAAGGCCCGGCCGCCCCGCCUCCGGUCCAGCUCCACGUUGGACCCCAGUGCUUGGGCCCCGGAUGGAGCGCCAGGCUGCUGGCUUCCGCCCCGGCGUCCCAUCUGGCCGUGAGCCAGCGGGUGGGGGACCUCGGGCUCUUGGUCUCCCCCUCAGCAGACUUCUGCCGGGUCAGGAGACCACGGUGAAGGCGUGGGCCGGGCGGCGUCCCUGUCCUGGGCCUCCUUGAGCUCCAGCUUCUGUGGGCCGCCGGCAUCCCUUGGCUCAGGGCCUGCUCACAGCCAGCAGUGGCCUCUCUGGUUCUGCUGCCCCCCUCUGCCACUUCCAAGGGGCCUUGCAGUGCCAGCCCCCCAGGGACAUGUGACCCUUGAUCUGAUCCCCCUGACCCUGUCCCUCUCCCCAUGUGAGGCCACAUUGUUACAUGUUCCGGGCAUUAGAACGGGGACAGCCUUGGGGCCUUUUCUGCCCACACAGAGUGACAGAAAACAAGAGGAUAAUCACGAAGUGACCGGGGGCCGUGGCCAGGACAGUAACCCACGCUGAGCCACGAGGGAGGUGGAGAGGGUGGAAAGGAAUGGUGGCUGGGCCCUGGGGCCACGAGCCAAGGAAUGCCUGAGAGGGGCAUGGCCCUUAAAAAAAUCUGAUUCAUUUAUUCGAGAUUUGGUGUUACAGAUGGACGGAAAGGUCUUCCAUCCACUGGUUCACUCCCCAAAUGGCCUCAACGGCCGAAGCUGAGCCAAUCAGAGGCCAGGAGCUUCCUCCGGGUCUCCCACAUGGGUGCAGGGGCCCAAGCACUUGGGUCACCUUCCACUGCGUUCCCGGGCACAUUAGCAGAGAGCCGGAUCGGAGGUGGAGCAGCCAGGACUUGAACUGGUGCCCACCCAUAAGGGAUGCCGGCGCUGUCAUGGCCCUUCUGACGUGACUCGUGACUUUGAGCUUCUGGGCCUCAGAAUGGUGUUUCUGUUGUUGAAAGGUUUAUUUAGGGCCCGGGGUCAGGGCACAGAGCAGGUGCAACAAACCUGCCCUCAGUUCAGAUGCCAGCAAAGUGGGGGGCCACCUGCACUGCUGACCGACUGGGCACGGACUUUGGGGCUCCCGGAGCCUGUGUCCACAGCCACGCUUCAUCUUGAAGGUUACAAACCAGGGCCAGCUGGGGCAGGGUCUGGGAGGGCUGUGGACACAGUCAUCCACCCGUGUCUGAUCGGCUCCAGGACUUUCCGUGAAUGCCACAGUCCGCGGGAGCUCGGGUCCCUUGUAUAGAAAGGUUGGAGGGUUUGCCCGGGCCCGGUGCACGCCUCUCCCUGUCUCUGAUUUGUGACAUCCAGUACCCUGCAAAGACGUGCCAAUGGUUGUCCCCCUGAACUGUUGAGGGAAGAAGGACAAGAACAGAAGUCCACACACGUGCAGGACAGAAAUAAUAUUAAUUUUUUUUUCCUUAAAGAGUCAUUUAUUUGGAAGGCAGUGUUACAGAGAGAGGGAGAGGGAGAGAGAGAGAGAGAGGUCUUCCAGCCACUGGUUCACUCACCAAGGACUGCAACAGCCAGAGCUAGGCCAGACUCAAAAGCCAGGGGCCUGGAGCUCCAUCCAGGUCCCCAGCGUGGGUAGCAGGGGCCCGAGUACUUCCACUGCACUCCUAGGUGCGUUAGCAGGGAGCUGGUUUGGAAGUGGAGCAGCUGGGGCUUGAACCGGCACCCAUGUGGGAUGCUGGUGUUGCAGGCGGUGCCUUAACUUGUUGCACCACAGCGCCGGCCCCUUGAAUAUUUUCAGACCCGGCAGGUUGGAUGCACAAAUGCGGAGGGCCCACUGUCCCCCUGCCCUUGUCCCCGUGGGGUGGGAAGCAGCACACCUUCCUAGAGACUAACCAACAGAGGAGCUCCCCCCCGGAGCGUCCAUGGCCAGCGUUUUCUUGGGGCCUCAUUACACAGGCGCCCUUCCCAGAACCCAGGCUGCAGCCUUCCCAGCCUGUGCAUCCACAGAAGUCGGUGAAGCUGGCUCAGAAUCCCAGCCCUGCCUCUCACCAUGCCCGUCUUUUCGGCAUGGCCGGUCCCUGCCCUCCUAUCAGCUCAGGUGUGGCCCAAGAACAACAUUAUCUCUAUUACACAACAAUCAGAAAGGUCAGCACACUUUUGCACGCUCAUUGAACACAGGAACACCUGCCACAAGCCAGGCUUAGCGUCAAGAUGGAUAUGUGCCCACGGCAGCAACCGACCCAAAGAUAAAGUCACGCAAACUGGGUGGUGGUGUGUACAAAGGUGAUAAGCUCAGAGCAGGGGUGAGCAGCAGUGCCGGGAGGGGCUGCCACUUGCAAAGGGGGUGUCAGGAAGGCUUUGCCGUGGGUGUUGGGGCAAAGACCCCAGCGAGAUGGGGGAUGAGCCAUGUGGGCGUGUGUGCAGAGGCCCUGGGGUGGAGAGGGUGGCUGCCUUGGUCCCAGCUGCUGGGGCUGGAAAAUGGAGAGCCGAGGUCAGAGAGAAGUCUAGGCGAAGAUGAACUGUGUAGGGUGACCUGCUGCGCGUGCCUUAGCUACAGCCAGGACUAGAUGGAGACGCAUCCCGGUGCGCCGCCGCCGGGGUCCUCUCCCUCCCGGGCGCGGGCUCCAGAUGUCACCACCAGGGGGCGCGCCCCGCCCCUGCCCUAUUUCCACCCUGGCUCACCAUCUCCCCCAAAAAUUUCCUUUCGCUUUCGGUCUCUGGCUGUCACCCAGCUUGACCCUCCCACACCCAAGCCGGGGCAAGCCUGGCCCAGCCACAGGCAUGAGGGGCCCGCGGCCGAGAUGACCGUGCCGGCGCCGGCCUGGAGCCCGACCGUGCGUAUACCUGGGCCCAAGUCGCUGCUGCUGCUGCUGCUGCUGAGCCCGGGCCUCCGCGGGACCCCCGACUGCUCCUUCGCCCACAGCCCCAUCUCCUCCAACUUCGCUGUCACCAUCCGCAAGCUGUCUGACUACCUGCUACAGGACUAUCCCGUCACCGUGGCCUCCAACCUGCAGGACGUGAGUCGCCAUGGGAGGGGCCUGGGAUGGAGGUGGGAACCUCAGACUCCAGACGCACCACCCUCCAGGGACCAGGAAGAGCUGUGCAGGGCGCUGUGGCGCCUGGUGCUGGCCCAGCGCUGGCUGGAGCGGCUCAAGACCGUGGCUGGGCCCCAGAUGCAGGGCCUCCUGGAGGCUGUCAACACCGAGGUCUACUUUGUCACCUCGUGUGCCUUCCAGCCCCUCCCCAGCUGCUUGCGCUUCGUCCGGACCAACAUCUCCCACCUCCUGCAGGAUGCGUCCACCCAGCUGCUGGCGCUGAAGCCCUGGAUCACCCGCCGCAACUUCUCGCGGUGCCUGGAGCUGCAGUGCCAGCCGGAACCCUCCACCCCCCUGCCCCCGAGGAGCCCCGGGGCCCUGGGGGCUACGGUGCUGCCGGCCCCCGCACCGCACCUGCUGCUGGUCCUGCUGCUGCUGCUGCCCUCGGCCCUCCUGCUGCUGGUCGCUGCCUGGUGCCUGCACCGGCGAGGGACGCCCUGCCCCGGGGAGCGGGCUAAUCCUCCACCUUGCGGUGCCGGCACACCGGGUUCCAGUUCCGGUCGGGGCGCCGGAUUCUGUCCCGGUUGCCCCUCUUCCAGGCCAGCUCUCUGCUAUGGCCCGGGAAGGCAGUGGAGGAUGGCCCAAGUGCUUGGGCCCUGCACCCCAUGGGAGACCAGGAGAAGCACCUGGCUCCUGGCUUCGGAUCAGCAUAGCGCGCCGGCCGCAGCGGCCAUUGGAGGGUGAACCAACGGAAGAAGACCUUUCUCUCUCUCUGUCUAUAACUCUG